AUGGCUGCGCACAUCUCGAUUGCCAAAGCCGCUUUCAGCGCAUCGCUUCUGCGGCCGGACGUGACGAAAGUGUCCCGCGACAACCUCCUCGUCUUCCACGAUGCCUUCGAGACCAUGCUCACCAAAUGCUCGGAUCACAAUGUACAGACGUGCAAACAAUGGCUGCUGGAAAAUGUCGUCGUCUCAACAGUGAGAACAACAGCGCUCGGGAAGUACCUAGUCACGCUAUCCAGGCAUCUUGCCAGCCAAGAAGAUGAAAGUACCCGGGUGAAGCCAUUCCGCCGGCAACGGCUUCAUAUUCUCUACCUUGUCAAUGACCUCCUUCAUCACGGCAAAUACCACGCGCACGAUCAAAGCGUGCAAAGCACUUUAACACAGUCUCUACAGCCCUUCGUGGUUGAGCUCGUCAGACUCAGUGCAUGCGAGGCACGAUCUCGCGUUGCGAGACAUCUAUCGGAUGUGGUCGACAUCUGGGGAGAAGAUCGAUAUUUUGCGCAGGGAAUCAUCACGCAGUUACAAAGUGCAUUGACUGGCACAACCGAAGAAACAGGGCCUGCUGCAGAACCCACAACGCAAGCAAAGGAUCCACCCUAUCUUCUUCCAUCAACACAUGGAGAUCCGGCUUCGCCCUAUUUCGAUCUCCCUGCGGGCAAUCUCAUGCGUCACAUUGUCCCAAACAGCUCCCAGCCAAUGAGGAUUGACGAGAUACGAGCUUUGCAACUCUCAGCUGGUCCGGCGGACGAUAGCUUGGUGAAUGCGCUAAAGGACUUCCUCAAGGACGUUGACGGCAUUGAGCGGUCCUUUUCGAGACUGGAAGAGGCAGGCCUCUCCCCCGAACUGGACGAAUUAGGCCAAAUCUCGUACCAUGACGAGGCCGGUGACUUGGUCGGCGACACGUACUAUGGAUGGUCGAGGGCAUUUUGUGAAAAGAUGAAGAAGCGUGGCAGACGUGGCUCCGCCGGGUCUUCUCAGCGCUCAAGAACAAGAAGCACAAGUCGCAGCCGAAGCAUCACCUCUCGGAAGCGUAGACGUCGCAGUAAUUCCAGUCGCGGGCGGUCUCGAUCCUCGGGCUCUUACAGCAGGUCUCCGUCGAGACCUAGAUAUGGUGGACAACAGAAGAGAGGAAGUCGGAGCGCAAGCCAUGGUCGCUCAAGAAGUGGGUCGUAUUCACCGGAGUACACCCCAGAGCUGGUGCCCCCCAUGAGAAGUGAGCCGGCGAGGACAAAUGUCAGUACAGGCCUUCCACCAGUCGUCUCACCUCCAAACCUUCCGCCGCCUACAGCAGCACCUCCAGCAUCAAUCGGCAUGCCAUUCCCAAUACUACCUUUCACACCUUCAGGCGUAUCAGUGCCACCGCCACAACCACCUCACUGGAUCGGGCCUUGGCCUCCCCCUCCUCCGCCUCAAUUUUCUCCGGGGCAUGCAGGCUACCUCAACCUGCCGUUACCACCUCCGCCACCGCCCCAUGUCCCCUACCCGCCUGCAGGCUGGCCCGCCUACCCCAACGUGCCCCCUGGACAGAAUCCUCAUUAUGCUGGGGGCCGGCAGUAA